UUAACCAUUAUGCACAACCAGCAGGAAUCAGAUGAGCUGGAGGACACACAUCUGUGCAUCAAGUGCAAUGCAACGAUUGUGGGUCUCAGCAAGUACAUACAGCAUCGCAAGGGCAACUGCCUCAGCAACAAUGCCAGAAAUGCAGAUACAAAGCAAGUGGCAGCGACAACAGCAACAACGGAGACGACUCCAACAUCGGAUCACAGCUACGAUCACAGCUUUUCGCAUUUCGCCGAGCCCGAAGCACCCAGCAGUUAUUUGCGUAAAGCAAAUGCCAGUCAUGGGGGCAAGACAUCCAAAACGCUGACCGAAGCCUACGAUGCCAGCUACGAGCCGAUGGGUGCCGAUGUGUUCUUCUCGUCGCUGCAGCUGCAGAGUGUCUCCACGGGCGGCAAAUCGAGUGCCACACGAGCAAUGAACAACGAACGUGGAGGAAAAGAGGAGCAAGGCUGGCAUGGAGAUCCGCUGUUGAAGGCGAUGCGCGAUCAGGAGGAAAGCGAUUUUAAGCCGUUGAAAUUUGUGCAUUCGCCCGAGGCAAGCGACGAAGAGGAUGAUGACGAUGAUCCAGAUGACUUUGAGGCCGAUGACGAUGAUCCCGAUCACGAUCACGAUGCUGACGAGGAUUACGAUGUGACGCCACGUCGUCACUCGCCACCAGCUGUGCCCGCCACACACACAGGUGGCAAAUGGAAACCCGAACAUCGUCCGGCGCAGCUGCAACACACACAUCUCGAACGCAUCUCGCCCAGUUGGGAUGAACCAGCCGAGGAGCAGCAUCACGAUCAUCCGCCGGCAGAACAUACGCAUGGCAAAUGGGUACCGGGCAGUAAGCAGCUGGAGUAUCGCGAGAAUAUCGAUCUGACCAAGUUGCAGCAACCGAACGCGAGCUAUUGGUGCAACAUCUGCUGUCGCCGCCUCAAGACGCGUCUCAACUAUGAGCAACACUUGCGCAGCGCCUAUCAUCAGCGACGCGCCGAGGCCGAACGACAGCUGGAGCAGGCGAAUCUCGAGGGCGACAAUCUGACGCUCACCAAAGCCUUUCAACCCGUCGAACUUGAGCCACCUCGUCGCCAGCGUCGUUGUCGUCGUCAGCGUCGCACGCAGCUGCUGCGCUGUGAACUCUGUCGCCACAGCAUGGCCCGCCAUCUGAUGGGCAAGCAUCUCAUCUCGCAUUAUCACUAUCGACGCCUGCAGCAGCAGACGCAGCCACAGCGACAGAACUCGUUGCACGCCAUACUCGAGCACAUGGGCAGCAUUGUGCGACAGGCGCCCUUCCAGUGUCUGCCCUGUCAAUUCUAUGCCAACACCGAGCAGGCCUUUCAGUCUCAUUGGCGUUCCGCUUCGCAUGUGGAGCUGACCGAGCGGUUAGGCGGCGACUUCUGGUGCAGCUACUGUCAAUUCGAGUGUGGCAGCAACGAGGAGAUGUGGCAGCAUCUGCUCGACGCCACACACAAGGAGGUGCUCUUGGCCCUCAAUCGAUCCGUGCCGGUUUGCAUUGCCCAGCGUCGACUGCUGAGCUGCGGAGUGUGCAGCGAACGGUUUCUCUACAAUGCGCAACUGCGUCAGCAUCUGGCCAACGAGCACGUUGAGGUGUUGGCCACACAGCAGGGCAGCGCAUCGGAUGAGUAUCAGUGUCGCUUUCGCUGCAACAUCUGCGGCGUGGCACAGAGAUCGCGUGUUGCGCUGCAGCGUCACGAGAAGCACAAGCAUCGCCUUGCGCGCUACUAUUGUGCGCUGUGUCAACUGCAGUUCGAGACGCCGAUGGAGGCGCGACGUCAUCGCAAUCUGAUGCAGCACAAGCGGCAUGCCAAGCGACUGCUGCCCAAACGGGCAAAGAUGAGGGCAGGGCAGCCAGAGCGUGAACUGGAGCAAAUGUUGUGCGAAGUGCUCGAGGAACAGCAGCCAGAAACGGAAAAAGACAACCAAGAUGCCAAGAAGCAAUGCUGCAGCAGUUGUGCGCUCAGCUUUGAGACGCCUCAAGCGCUGGUCGAGCAUCGUCGCCUGUGCCAUCCCAUGGACAAUCACGCCUGCCUCAGCUGUGGCAGCAGCUUUCAGUCCGCCCAAGCGUUGGGUCGACACACACGCAGUUGCCAACCGCCUUUGGCCUCCAGUUCUAGCCACUGCAAUCCACCGGCGAACUCUUAUCACUGCGAUGAAUGCGGUUUUAGUGCGCAGUACAAAUCGGAUCUCCUCUAUCAUCGUUUCUUUCACACUCGCGACUCGGCGAUUGGCAAGAACGAGCUGCUGCCAUGUCCGCUGUGUCCAAAGCAGUUUCGCAAACACUCUUUGCGCGCCCAUCUGCGGAAUCACACCGAUGAACGCAUCUUUGAGUGCGCCGAGUGCUCGACCAAGUUUGCGAGGCGCAGCAAUCUCAAGAAUCACAUGGCCACCAUGCACGGUCAUGGUCGUCAGGAACAAGUGACAACAGCAACAUCGAGCAAUGCUAAGCGAAAGCAGUUGCCCAAGACAAAUGCGGAGAAGCCACGAAAGACUUUUCAGUGUGGCACCUGUGGCAAAAUAUUGAACAAAAAAUCCUCUUUGAAGGACCACGAAAUGCUUCACACUGACCUCGAGCGCAGUCUUCGCUGUCAAUUUGAGGGCUGCCACUAUUCAACCUUUCGCAGUGCAGCCCUGAAAACGCACCUGCUCUCCCAUGCCGAGGGCAGUCACAAGUGUUCCCACAACAAUUGCAGUUAUGUGGGCAAAAGUGCUCAGCACUUAAAGAGGCACCUCAAUUCGCAUGAGAGCGAACGCUUUGGCUGCGAUCAGUGUGAUUUCAAGGCGCGUCUCAAGGGUCAACUGAAGCGACACAUGCUUCGUCACACGGGCAGCAAAUCGCACAAAUGUCCGCACUGUGACUACCAAUGCAGCACGUUGGAUAACCUGCGGAAUCACAUCAUCAAGACGGGCAAACAUCCCGGCAAAUUCAUCUACGAGUGUGCCUCCUGCAUGGCUGAGGAUCCGCACUCAACCAGCAUCUUCAAGAGCAACAGUUUUAAGGAGUAUCAACUGCAUUUACGCACACACAAUUCGCCGUUGGCAUAAAUCAUUUGAAAUGCUCCUAAAAGUAUACAAUUUUAAGUAAU